UGACAACUUAAAUACCGCUUCUGAACUUGGUACUUCCUACAUACUAACUGCUGCUACUCCUACUGUGCCAACGAUUGGUACACCUUCCACUAAUGCUUCAACUUCUUUUGAAAAAAUUGAAAAAAAAUUCAAUGAUAAUAAAGAGAUGAAUAACAACAACAAUAAUGUUAAUCUUGAAGCAAUGGAAUUCCUCAAAAAUAAAAGAAAAGAUAAAAUAAAUGGAUGUAAAUCUGAUGAAGUAUUGGGGAAGAUUGUGAGUGAAUGUAUUAGUGGCAGAAUAUUAUAUUUAAAUAAAUUGGCUAAAGAAACUGAUGAAGAACAAAAAACUUGGUUGAUAAAUUUGAUUGGCUUAAUUCCAAGUUUUAAUGGAUUAGAAGUUGAAUCACAAUGA